AUGACACCUCGGCGCUCCUCUCGUGCUCGUGCCUCACAACAACCGUCUCCUGCCAUCCUCCAACAUACAAAUUCCUCCAGCUCCUCCAACUCAAUGACUCGCGAACGAAAUACUCGGUCCCACCACAAGAUCUCCUCCCCCCAGCGCUCCUCCACCAACCGGUCCCAGUCGUUCGACGACGGGGACACUGGGUCAAAAGGUGACUACAGAGAGACGCGGCAGCGCCAGCGUGCUCGAGGGGAGGAGGACAAUGAUCAGCUCAAAUUAGCCGACGGUGAUGAAGAAGACGGCGAAGAUGACGAAGACGAAGAGGAGGAGAUCACCCGCUGUCUCUGUGGACAGCAGGAAUACCCGGGUCUGCCUCCCUCGCGUCGGGAGGCAAUUGGUCGCAACGGCUUGCGGGGCAGCAUCAAGGACGAGGCCAUUUUGGGUUUUUCCAUUGAUGCUGCGGAUCUGUUGUCGGACGACAUUGGCAGCAUGUUCAUCCAGUGUGAUUCUUGCAAGGUCUGGCAGCACGGUGGCUGUGUGGGCAUCAUGGACGAAGCCAUGAGCCCGGACGAGUAUUUCUGCGAGGAGUGCCGGAAGGAUUUGCACAAGAUUCUGAGUGAGAUAAACGGAUCAUACUCCUCCCAGUACCUCCCGGUCGCGCCCCCUCCUCCCCCCACCACCGUCUCGUCACGAGAAUCCUCCCGCGAUAAUUCCCGGCGCAAUAAAGACACAAAAUCACGAUCUAAUGAUACCGCGGCCAAUCCCAAGCGCCGAUCUACCAUGAACAGCCGGGAUGCAGCAUAUGAUGAAGAGGAGCAACUGCGGCGUGCAAUCGAAGAAAGCAAGGAAGAAACAAAACCCGGAGACGAACUCGCUGCUCGGAGGCCUAAGAGAAGCCGCAGCGAUAGCGAAGCGCAAACCACGAAGCGCCAACGAACAAGCUCACCCUCUCCCGGCGCCGCGUCCAAAAGCAACCCCGUGUCUCAACAGGUUUCAGAGGAUGAGUCGAGAACCAAAUCAACGAAUCUCGUCGCUCGGAGACAAAGGGCUGCGUCGCGCGGACAGCGUGACAUCGGUAUCAAAGAGACUGAAGAACCUGAGUCUGAGGCAGCAGACGCUACAAAUCGUAGGAAAGGUCGGCCCGACAAGGCAAAUAAUGACGAGGCAGAGUCCGAGAAUGAGCCCGGCUCUCCAACCAAGCCAGUUGCGACCGACCCCGAGCCCAAACCCCCAAGUCCUGAAGUCACCCCCGCUCCGGCUCCUGAACCUGCACCGUCGCGCCCCGCCACUCGCAAAUCGGGCCGUCCCCCUGCACGUCGCGGCGGUCGCGUAGGCCGCAAUCAAUAUACUCGGGAUCGGGAUAUGAAUGGGACCGACUCCAAUUUUUCGACUCGAUCCCCUCGGCGCGGGCAGUCGCAUGACAUUGGCAGCGAUUCGCCUAGGAUCAAUGGCAUACAUCUCCAUAGCGGGGAAUCAGGCAAGCCCAGUCGUCCGCGCUAUGUGAACCAGCGCACCACAAUGAAUGAGAUGAAGAGACGCGUGACGGCUAUUCUCGAGUUCAUCUCACGGAUGCAAGUCGAAAUGGCUGUAGCCGGGGAGAGCACAACGCCUCCUAAUGGUACCGCCCGGAUUAAUGGCAGUCUGUUGGAAAGCGCACUGGCGCUGGCCGUUGGCGACAUCGAUCCGGCCAGCGCGACUGCCUCGGACAGCGACGCAGGCAGUGGCCCGGCCUCCCUUGAGAAAGACUUCAAGGAGCUGAGUAGCGUCGAAAUGAUGGACGUUCUCACGCGCCAUCUCCUCAAAUGGCAACAGGAGUAUGGCAGAGUGGGCGAACGCUGA